CCCCUCCCUCUCCUGCUGCCUCUCCUCGCGCUGCUUCUGCUGCCCCUCUCUGAGCUGCUCCUCGCCCGCUCCCGUGGCAGUUCUUGACUCGGUGCUAUGCCCGGCAGGCUGCGCCGCCGCGCGCAAGCUCCCCCGCGCGUGCCGGGCGGCUCUGGCCGGCGGCAUGGGCCAGAGAGCGUCGUACCGCCCGCCGCGCGCGCGGGUGCUGGCCAGGCGGGCGGCAACGGCGCUGUGCGUCGUCUCCGCCGGGCUGGCGGGCACGCGCUUCGUGCAGCUGCAGCCCGAGGACGCGCUUGCCGGCGGGCUCGCGGAGGGCAGCAGCGCGGCGGCGCGGGCGGGCAGCGUUGCGGCCGCAGGCGCGGGCGGGGUAUCCGUGCAGGCGAGCGGUGUGGCUUCGGGAGCGGGUGCGGAGGCCACGCACGAGAGUGAGGCAGCAGGUGCUGGAAGGCUUUGGAAGGCGAGUGCCAGUACGACCGCACAGAUGGGUGGCGCGAUCGCAGAAGUGGUGGGCACGACAAGUACGACCACGCAGGCUGCAACCCAGCAACAAACAAAGACACGGAUUUGGUUUUUUGUUCAGCGGAAGAAUUAUGAUUACGGCCGUUAUCUAUAUUGGCCUGUUUUGGCAAGCCUAUCGGAUAGUUUUAAUGCUUUGGGAGCGGCUUCAGACAUUGUUGGGGUUCGUGACGUAGACCGCAUGGAAUCACAUAUUGUAUCCAGGUCAGGAGUCAUCGAAUCGCACUGGAUUGUGAUAUUCUCUGAGCCUCCAGCAAAAUGUAAUGAAUCAAUGACGGAGAUAUGGGAGUACUCGAUGAAGAACAUGCCGUACUAUCAGGGCAACAGUCCAGCAACAACACGGUUCCUCCCACCCCACUAUAGUAAUUCGCUAGAUUACGGCGUUGAUCUGAAUAAUGCCACGGCGCAUCAGAGUCGCACCUGCCUCCUUCAGAACAAAGGUUUCCGGCCCAAAUUGGUCACGGAAGCGGUGAUGAAGUUCUUCAACCGCACCCACUCGUUGUUGGAGGUGAGUGUGAACCCUUUUUCUUCUUCUCGGGCGAGAUUGAGAAAAACGUUUAUGGGUUGCGCAAUGGGUCUAAACAUGCAUGCGACGGGGGAGCGUGCCGUUGGACAAAUGGAGUCGUUCCGAAUGGCGUUGUUUCUUUCUAACAAGAUGUGCGUGCUGUCCGAGAGCCUCGACCGAGCCGACGUGCCGCUCUGGGACAGUCUCGUUAAGAUGCCAACGGCUAGUUGGAAGCCAAAUGUGUCGUCGAGAAUUGCAGGUUUGGAGGGCAUGUUCUCUAUCAUCGGCGAUCUGAUGAAGGACCCUUUGGCGCUAGCCGAGUGCAGGCGGAAGUCUCACGAGCUGUACAAGACGCGCUUUUCUGGCGAGCGUGUGCUCUCAAGUGCAGGCAUAAACGCCACCAUGCUGAGGUUGCUAGAAGAGCACGUCAGGAAUAAGCACAACGAUGGCACUUGGCUCCGCGAUGCCCAGGCUGCAGGCAUAAAUGCCAAGAAGCUGGGGCUGGUGGUGUGAAAUGCUUCUGUCGAGCAAGGGCCAGGUGCAGGGUGGAGUUUUGUUCCAUCUGCUUUUGAUUCGUCCGCUUCUGUUUCUCCAUUUAUGUUUCGUCCGCUUUUGUUUCAUCCCCU